GUUCCUUGUCAUCUUGCUCCCUACAUUGAUGUGAAUCGACAUCGACGCUGAACCAUAUCCUCCUACCUCCAUUAAGAGCUUCGAACUCGUCUCUUCUGCUACCAGCACUACGUUUUGACGUAUAUGCGCGAACCUCGACAUCUUCUGCAACCUCUCAACAUUCCAACAAGUUGCCAACUACCUUAAGAAGUACCAUCGCAGCGACCGUCCACACGACCAAAACCCUCGCCUUCGACCCAUUACAUUCCCACCGCCAACAACGUCACAAUCCCUUGCCUUGACAUACUUUUACUCCGUAUUGUCCAUACCAAGCCCGUCCACCGUCACGCCAGGGACGAUAGUCGCCAACCCACACCUGGCAUUAGUAUAACGCACGCUCUUGUACUAACAUCUUCAUCUCUUGUGAUUGAAGAACAGUUUCCGUGUGAGAGCCAGAGAACUCACUGUACAGCCAACUAACACCACAGCAAUGGGGUCUUUUGCGCACCCCGUCGCCGCUUCGUCGCCAAUCAUAGCAAUCUCCCAGCACGCGCCACCGCCAACCAAGUUCGCCAUGUCCCCUUUUGAACAGGCAGGUGCGCAGGAUAUCGCCCCCGCGCCUGCCGAGGGUCGCAGGAUGGCCGGUCGCAAACGAUCCAGAGACGAGGCAGCGCCAAAUCUCGCGGAAGAGGCACCCGAACCUGCCCAAGAGGUGGAGGCAGGCUGGGAAUAUGGCGAGGGCAUGGUGCUCAUCAAGCCGGUCCAGGGCUACGUUGCCGAUGCCAGUAGCCAGUCAGGCACCUGGGUAGAGGAACAGAAGGCACGCGACCAGGCCGCGGCUGCAACCGUCGUUGCUUCCCAGCGUCCAGAAAUACGAAGCAACAAGUCACAGCGAAUGGACCACCCUGCCGCCUCUUCUCCCGGCACAAUUCCAGUCGUCAACGGCAGAGGAGUCAUGGCCAUGGACAAAGCUUCGGGGCAGCAAAUUGACCUCGCUGAGCCUGCGACGACUUCGGCGACCGACAAUGCUUCACAUCCAGUUGUGGACGACUUUACACUGCACCUCGGCAUCGGCUGGCGCAAGAUCAGUCAAGACGAGCACAUACAAGCAGCAGCUCGAGGAUGGUCCCGCUACAUCGAGAAUCACUACCCAUUGUCCGCGGUCACACUUCGAUUGGAGAGCCGAGGCCUACAAGCCUAUUUGGUGGAGGCAACGGAGGGCUUCUUUCUUUUCGCUGAGGACUUGCGACAGGGCCAACUCGUAAGCACAAGGGCGGACGUGGCGCUACAGAACCUCAAGUGCUCGCCGCCUGUAUUUGAGGGCACCGAGGUCCUGACAGCUGCUGAAUCCCCCGGCGCUACGGCCCCAAGCGACGCCGCGCCGACCUUCAGGGUCGGGUUGCAGACGGACACGGUGAUGAACUGA